UGAAUCCACAUUGGAUUUAGGUUGAAUGGCGACAUUCUUAGGCCUAUAAUGGCGAUCUGUUUGCCAUAAGAAGCAAGGGUUAAAAUUGGUAUUUUAAACCCCCCACUACGGUCUCCACCUACAUCUCCAAUUUGAAAGCCGCCUCUGCCGGGAGAGGAAAACUCUUUUUCGGUCAGAUGGCGUGCUGCAGUCCGCCCCCAUCAUUCUUGCACCCACACAAACAGUACAAAAAAAGGCAGUCAGCAACCAAUACGGUGCGCCGGAGGAGGAUUUCUGCCAAAGAAUUAAGACGAGUUGCUAUAAGCGCAGGGACUUAGCUGAAGAGCACGCCACUCAAUACCAAACGUGAUAGAAAUUGGUUGAAGAUAUCGAAAAUAUAAUGUCUUUCCGGGCGUUUCCGCAACAUCUGGCUAGUCGGGAUUAGUCCUGUCUUGGCUUAAAACAAAAACGAUUUUUUAAUCUGAAUUCAAAUAACAAAGGAUUUCUCACAUAUAGACGAGGGUUACACUUAUCAGAGUAUCAGUUGGCCAUCCAGAUCUGUUUUUUCUUUUUGAUGCGAAGCUCGUAGGCUACACACUGGUAAACUAUAGUGAAAUUAAGCAGUUGUUGAACUGCAUCCCUGCUGAAUUAAUCUGCUUGAUCAGGAGAAGAUACAGUGCCAUGUCUCUGCCACGCACGCUCGGGGAGUUACAGCUCUAUCGGGUGCUUCAGCGAGCCAACUUACUGGCCUAUUACGACACCUUCAUCCAGCAAGGUGGCGAUGACGUGCAGCAGCUCUGUGAGGCGGCGGAGGAAGAAUUCUUGGAGAUCAUGGCACUAGUUGGCAUGGCCACCAAGCCACUGCAUGUGCGUAGGCUACAGAAGGCGCUCCGUGACUGGGCGGCCAACCCGGCGCUCUUCAACCAGCCCGUGUCCAACGCCGCUCCCUGCGGGAUCCCGCUGUUCAAAGUGGAGGGAGCGGGCUCCGUCGGGUCGCAGGGGGGGCCCAGGAAGUCCAUCAGCAACGGCCAGCCGGGCUCGCCCUGCGAGAGGGAGGACAGGGCGUGUCUCACGCCGAUGCACAGCGGGAGCCCCCGGAGCCCUUGCUCUCAGGCGUCCCCCCAGCCCCCCGACGCGCACUACAGGGACAAACUGUCGCCCAUGGACCACCACUGGCUCAACCCCGAGCAGGACGGGAACUGCACGGCGGAGGACGGCUCCCCCAGCCCACCGCUGCAGCCGUCCGGCCCGGCGGGUCCCUCCACACCCCCGGGGUCUUCCACGUCGUUCCCCCCCGGGACGCUCUCGGCCUGGCCCGGGGGGCAGCUGGACGGAGAGACGGCCAGGGCAGUGGGGGAGAGUGUGGAGCGGCUCCUGAGGACGCUGCCCCGGUCAGAGCCCGGCGAGGUGAAGACUCUGCUGAGGAUGAACAAGAAGAUGGCAAAAACCGUGGGUCACAUAUUCAAGAUGGGCCCGCAAGACAGGAACAAGGAAGAGGAGAUCAGGAAGUACAGCCUGAUUUAUGGGAGGUUUGACUCAAAGCGGAGGGAAGGCAAGCAACUCACGCAUCAUGAGUUGAUCAUCAAUGAAGCUGCUGCCCAGUUCUGUAUGAGAGACAAUGCCCUUUUGCUGAGACGUGUCGAACUCUUUUCUUUGGCUCGGCAGGUGGCAAGGAAGUGUGCCUACACAUCAACAUUAAAACACGCUCGGACAAUUACAGAUGACAAUAAUUUCCUAUCGCAAAAGAGGGUGAAACAUGAGGUCAUUGUGCCGGAAAGCGUGUCUUCGCUGGUUGGGGUGGAGGGGUCAGAGGUAACGACCCAAAGGGCGGAGGACGACAGUGUGUCUAAUGAAAGCCUGGACACUGUAUCCCAAGACACUUCUAACCCGGUCAACUGGAGUCGCCAUCUCAUACAGCAAACACUUAUGGAUGAAGGGCUGCGAUUGGCUAGGAUGGUGUCACAUGGCCGAGAUGGCAGGAUCAGCCUAGGGUCAGAAGGCACUCAUUCAACAGAUUACGAGAGUAAAGAGGAACAGGGGAGUGCAAUAGCGUGUAGGAGCCGGAGCCCUAUCAUCACAAAGGAGGAUUUGGACCACAGAGGGAAAUGAAAAAUCCCAAGGGGUACACUACAUCGUAUGUACAGACCUCCAUCUCAACUUCAACACAUCAUGUACUAUAUGGACUGUAACUGAGCAGGUUUAAGUUCUCACAUCAAUUACUAGAAAAUCGACAAAAGUGGCUUUUAGGGGGAAGAAAUCCAUAUUAUAAGACUUAUCCCUGUCUUGAUUGAUGGUUCCUCAGCCUUAGGAUGGCAAGUCUGGGUAUGUAAUAGAAAGCCAUAGGUGGCCAAACCCACACUUAGUAGACAUGGUGGUAUUUAGAGUUGAUGAGUCUGGAAUGAACUGGAUGGGGGCACUGAUCAAGUAGGCAGGGUUAUUUGAAUGACGUUAGGGAAAAAUGUAAUCUUUAAAAUAUCGUUCAGCAUUUUUAACAUAUCAACCUACAAUAUUUGGAAAAUUGUCCUCUGCUGCCCUCUAACCAAAUAAAAUCAUACACAAAUGUAUGAUUUAAAUUGUAAUAGAAAGUGUUGAUGUAAGGCAAAGUAGAUAGUAGAGCGCUAGGGGGUAGCUUCUGAAAUAUCUGCUAAAACAAUAGAGGUUAAUCAACAUUGAAUAUAUACCGUAGCUGUCGUCUUCUAUCUUGUCGAUUUCACAUCAACUCAUGAACCCGGAGAUGAUUUAUAAUUUAUAAAGAAAUUACAUUCAGAUUAAAAAUCCUUCAGUUAUUUGAGUACUGAGACCAUAUGUGUGUGUAGCUAGGGUGUAGAAGUAAUGUGUUUGUCACACUCUUCCCACCUUCACGCCCCUCAAAUAUUAACAGUAUAAUUUAAGUCAGUCACUGACAUCUUUGAAAUAAUCCUUACUUGGCAAAGUUUUCGUGUGUCCGGGUUGUUAAAAUAGGUCAAACGACAAUACAACUGUACAACGAUCCAGAUAAUGAUGGGGCCAUAUUUAUUUACUGAAGAUGAAAAAAUGAAACAAGCUUUCCUGAGUACUGAAUAUCAUUGAUGUGUUCAUUACUGUGGUAUUAUAAUCGCACACACAUCUAUCCAUGGUGCAAUCUUGUUUAAAAGAGAAACAUUUUCUUAAAUUUUAGGUGGGAACAUUUUCAGAUGGCUGAGGUUUGCCUAUGUCAUCAAGUCACCCCCACUAACCCAAAAGACCACCCACUCACACCCCUACUCUCCCACAGGGGCUGCUACGUUUCUUAUUGCCACCUACCAGUUUGAAUCUUAUAAAACGAGAGGGAGUAGAGACGAGUGCACUGCAGUGUUUACCAGCCGGGAUCUGGGGGUUUGAAUGAGUGGCCUUUUCAGUGGUGACUCCAUGACAAAAACGUUAACAUCCUCAAGAUUUCCUCUUGGAUCGAAAACCCAUCCAAACAACAUCAAAUGAUGAUGAACAAUCCCACACACACUCAACCUGGGGUAAAAAGAUGAUCAAACGGUGCUUCAUUUUCCGACACAGCUGACCCUUCACUACAUUAGAUAUGAAUAUGCUAAUGUUUUGUUGUUAUAUUGUUAUAUUCAUAGAAAUAGUGGGAAGGCCCAUGUUUGGAAAUGCAUUGUCCAUUAUAUCUACAUGGUAUCUACACAAUAAGACAGGCAGCCAAGUGAUGUAAAGGAUUCAAUUAAACUGCAGGUUCUCUUUCACUAUUGUCACCACCCUCACGUUGAAAAACAGAUUAUUUAUUUUAUUAAAUCUCAAUAAACGUUAUUUUAUUGUUUAAUUAAGAAUUGUUCUUGUGAUUUUUCGAGUCAUCAUUUCAUACAUUUUUAGCAUUUUAGGAAUUAUGUUAUUACCUUUUCUAUAACUGAUGGUGUGUUAGUAAUUUACAGCUUGCGUCACACAGCCAGUAACACCAUCUUGUUUUGCUGUUUUUUCCUUUCCAUUUCCGUGCGGAACAGUUAGUUCUGUACAGACGAGGCUUGCAUGACUCACCUUUAGUAGUGAUGUCAGCACUCAGAUCCACUCAGCGCUAUGUCACACAUAGCCCUCCUCUGUUGGGUAGGCAACAAAGAUGGUUCUGCAUGGCAGUCAUUAAAACAGAAUGCUACAAUAACGUUUUGCGGAUCUGCUUUUGGAUUGAGGUUUCAUGGUCAUUUCUUCAGGGGUUGUUUCAUUUCUUUAAAUACAAAACCACAGGAAACAGAAGUAGAAAAAAAAACACAGAAUCGAAAACUUGCAGAUGUAAAAACAGUUAACAAUGGUUUGAGAGGUUUAAGGAUAGUUUUGGUUGGAACCCAAUCAAAGCGUGUGUGCAAAACUAUUGAAAUAUUCUUCAGCAGAAAAACGUUAAUUUCGAGCUAGUUCUUUCUUAAUGUACAGGUAAAAAACAAGAGUAAUCUCUCUUUAAGGCAUCAUCAUAGAACAGGAAGAAGUUGUGAGUCUGCUAGGUGAUGUGUGUGUGGAGGUGUCGCAGGAACUCUCCCCGGGUGGCCGUGUGUCCGGGGAAGAUGGCGUGACAGAACUCGCACACCUGGGACUGCAGCUCCAUUUCGGACAUGAACUCCCCACCACUGUUGCUCAGCUCCUCGCUUCCGAGGAGGGGGUUGUAAGCCCAAGCCAGCGGACUUGCCGUCUGAGAGGCAGAGCACCACACAUAAGACACACAGUCACUUAUGCAGAAUGUACUGUAGAAUGUAGAUAUGACAGAUUAGAAUUGUUCUUUUCUUUUUUUUAAUUUUAGCAGAUACAUUUAUCCAAAGCAAGCCGUGACAUUUAUUUUCUUCAGAUACACGUCAUUAAUGAGAAAAUCAAUUUUUUUGCAUCUUGCUAAAGGUCGCCUACAGGAAGACUGUGGUUAAGGGGUUUCGAACCCACAACUAUGGGAUGCUUCUCCCAUAGUUGUGGGUUCUACCUUAACCACCAGACCAUCCGGCCCCCCAGAGGUGGCGAGAUAAAAGGUCAGAAAGAAAAAACAGAAGGACUCCUACCCCAUACGGCUGCAUUGCUUUACUCCCUCCACUCUGAUGGCCCUGGUACGAACCAGAGCUACUGA